CGCGCAUUCCUCACUUCCCCAGAAAUCUUGCCCCCCCGAGAACAAAAGUUCGGCCGGAAAUAACAACCGCGGCGAUUUGGAGCAUACUUUUUGUUCGGCCGUCACAGGUACACACAGAGCUGUGCGAGCGAAUAUCCUUCCCUUCUCGAGCCUUUUGGGUCAUCACUUGCAACACUUCUCCGCUCAUUACCUGUGUCCCUCACUGCCGCUAUCCUUUCAUCCUAUUAACCGCGGCAGGACCCGGUUUCUCCCUCAUCCAUCCUCAUGCCAUUGAUACGUCCCUCUCCCCAUAUUACCCUGAGAAGAGCCCAGCGAACCUCUUGUGCUGCUGCCUCCAUCCUCCCUCUCCCUCCUCCUUCUCUCCCCUCAGCUCUUGCUGUCCGUUCUGUCCAUACGAAUAGAGUCGCCUCUUCAAUAAUCAAGCCAAUCGACAGAACCGUCCACUCCCAGCUGCACGCUUCGUCAAGACGGACAAUGGCUUCCACUACCAAGCGCGGAAGCCUGCCAUUGGCAAACCUCAAGAACCCUGCCGACAAUCAUCACCAUGAGAGACAUGUCGCCCUGCCUGCGCCGCAAGAUUACGAUACAACCCACAGCAUUGAGACUCGCAAAUACCUAAGAACGUAUGGCCUCACGCCGCCAGGCGUGGACACCUUCAAGACGCAGAAUGACCGAGCUCUUGCAAUCCUCAACUCACGAAAGACACCCAUCGAGAAGUACCAAUACCUCUCCGUCCUCCGCACCACCAACGUCCACCUCUUCUACCGCUUGAUCACCGAGAACAUCAAGGACAUCACGCCCCUCAUCUACACACCCACCGUUGGUGAGGCAUGUCAGCGAUGGUCGGAACUCUACACUCAGCCAGAGGGUCUAUACCUCUCUUUCGAGGACAAGGGACACCUCCAUUCUGUGAUUCAAAACUGGCCCCACACCGCCGAGAUCGCCGUCGUUACUGACGGUUCCCGCAUCCUGGGUCUUGGUGACCUCGGCAUCAAUGGAAUGGGCAUCCCCGUUGGCAAAUUGUCCCUCUACACAGCCUGCGCUGGCAUUCACCCUCUACGAACCCUCCCGAUUUGCUUAGAUCUCGGAACUGGAAACGAGACCUUCCGCAACGAUCCUCUCUACUUGGGAAGCCGCCGACCCAAAGUCACCGCUGAGGAAGAGAAGGAAUUCCUGGACGAGAUGAUGGCUGCUUUGACGGAGCGCUGGCCAAGCAUUGUGAUCCAAUACGAGGAUUUCAAGAAUCCAUUCCCAUCUCUCGAGCGGUACCAGGAUACAUACACCAUGUUCAACGACGACAUCCAGGGCACUGGUGCUGUCAUCCUUGGUGGCUUCAUCAACGCUGUCAAGCAAUCUGGCGUGGCCCCCAAGGAUCAGCGUGCUGUAUUCCUCGGCGCCGGCUCUGCUGGUGUUGGUGUUGCCAAGCAGCUCGCCGAGUUUUUCAUCAAGGAAGGCCUUACCGAAGACGAGGCGCGCCAGCGAUUCUGGCUCGUCGACUCCCAGGGCAUGGUAGCCAACGACCGACCUGGCAAGCUCGCAGAGCACAAGCUCUACUUUGCGCGUGACGACAACAACGGCCAACAAUUCAAGACCCUCGAGGAGGUUGUUGAGUACGUCAAGCCAACCAUCCUCAUGGGUCUCUCCACCAUCGGCGGCGCUUUCACUCCCAAGAUUCUCGAGCGCAUGGCCGAGCUCAACGAUCGCCCUGUCAUCUUUCCUUUGUCAAAUCCUUCCAGCAAGUCCGAGUGCACCUUUGAGGCCGCAAUCAAGCACACCAAGGGCAAGUGCCUCUUCGCUUCCGGAUCGCCCUUCCCGAGCCUGGAAUUUGAGGGCAAAGAGCUCACACCCGGCCAGGGAAACAAUGUCUAUGUGUUCCCCGGUAUCGGCCUUGGCGCCAUUCUCAGCAAAGCCGUCAACAUUACUCAAAACAUGAUCUACGCUUCCGGCGAGGCCCUUAGCAAUGCCUUGUUGCCCCAGGAAAUCGCCGACAACUGGCUCUACCCUGACAUCAGCCGCAUCCGGGACGUUAGCGUCAUCGUUACGCGCAAAGUCAUUCGUGCGGCGCAAGCCGAUAAGAUGGACCGCGAGCUUGCGCUCCGCAACAUCACCGAUGAGCAGCUUGACGAGUACAUCCGUACACGGAUGUAUGACCCUUUCCGCGAGCACGAGAAGGUCGCUCACGAGAUUGAGGACGUGACCGGUAGGAAGCCCCCGGCUCCUGUUGCUGCUACCAAUGGUUUUGCUCCUACACCGGCACUUGCCGCUGCUGCUACCACCACCACCGCGGCCGAGACACCCGCCGAUGCUGCUGCUGCUCCCGCGGCAACAAAGUCGGAGGCUAAUGGCAACACCCACAAACCCCUUAUCCGUUCCGUGUCGCAAUUCCUUCGCCACAGCUUGCAUUUCCGCUCAUCGUCGGAAAAAGCUCACUAGUUGAUGAGUCGUACAGUACCCAAGUCGCGUCUAUGAUGGACCCCUGAUCGCAGGCAAGAAAUGUGGAAGGCACAAAUGAAUUGAAGCAUUGUUGGACAAAAAAAAGUGGAUCAGAUGUGCAACAAGAGGUGACGGUUCAGGUACGCAGGUUGA